ACCAAUACAUUGAAAUUUUCUAAUAUCUAGGGCCAGUACGGACUGGGUAUAAUGAUCAUCGAGGGAAAACACGCGGAAGUUGGACAAGGUAUAUUCAUCUCAGACAUUCAAGAAGGCAGUGCUGCAGAGCAGGCUGGUUUGCAAGUGGGUGACAUGAUCCUCGCUGUCAAUAUGGACUGUUUGCUGGGCUCUACUUACGACGAGGCCACGAGUCUUUUAAAAAAAGCAGAGGGCGUUGUAACGCUUACAGUAUGCAAUCCUAAUCAAAGCAAAGUCGCGAAAGAAGAAGAAGAUAAGGCAAAGGGCAUUAUUCCUGAACCUGAACCGCCAAAGGAGCCGGAGAAACCACCAGAACCAGAAGCACCGCAAGAUCCAAAAGAUUGCAAGAUUGUGGCUGGCAGAGAUACGACGAUAGAAUUCCAGAAAGACAAGGACAAAGGCAUUGGCUUCAUUAUAGCUGGUGGUUCCGACACGCCAUUGAAAGGAGUGUUCAUCGUCGAAGUAUUUCCAGACGGAGCAGCCCAUAAGGAUGGACGACUGCAAGCUGGAGAUCAGAUACUCGAAAUGUGUAGUCAGAGCUUCAAGGAGAUGGAACAUGAUAACGCUCAUGCUGCCGUAUUGAAAGCUUCUGGAACUAUCAUAAUGGUGGUGCAUCGACACGAGAAAGGUGAAGAGGAAAUCGACGUUGAAUUGCAGAAGAAGUCGGGCAAAGGAGCUGGUCUCUGUUUGACAGGAUACAAGAGUGGAAAAGGAGCAUAUGUAUCAGACUUGUUACCCGGUGGUAGCGCUUUGGAAAGCGGGAAGAUUUGCAAAGGCGAUCGAGUGGUGGCAGUCGGUGGCCAAGACGUCCGCGAAGCUCCAGUAGAGGAUAUCGCGGUUCACGUGAAAGUUUCCAACCCGGUGCAAUUGAAACUGGCUAGGUUCAAGUCCGCUAAGCAAUGACAGGGUUCUGCAGGCGGAACUCAGAAAGCAAGAAUUCGGGCGGCAAUCCCCACCAGACACCAUGGAUUCUAGUGUGAUAUAACUGACUAUACCAAAGUAACUAUAAAUACCGUUUACCGUAUAAGUAAUGCUAAUUCUAGAAGAACAAGUGAAACCAAAGGAAACGCGAUCUAUAAAUACAGUUACGUAUGUACGUUGUAACUGUAUACACGAUCCGAAUAUUUCGGAUUUUGUCUAGUUAAAUGAUAAUCCAGGCCCAGACGCUUCGAGCGUCUUACACGCGAUUUUAUAGAACACGCUCUGUCUCGAUUACCAAAUAUCGAUGCGUUUGCGCGAUUAUUAUCGACGAUUCGAAAAAGAAUUCCGUCUGCCACGGCUGAACAUCCGGCGAGUAGUUAACACGAAUAUCUCGCGACACCCGUUAUAUACACUUAUUAGAAUUAACGACACAGAAGAGUAUUUAUGCAGUUAGAGCGAUACUAUAUAUUGUAAUAGCCACGUGGACGUAUAUCACGGUGAAAUGUUUGGCAAGAGGGGUGGAAACUCGCGAAAAAUAUAUAAUAUUCGAAAUAAUUUGAUCGAUUUUCCAAAAUAAAAUAAGAUAAUUCCAUAAGAUUCGUUUCUCUGGACGCUCUACUUUUUAUCGAUUUUAUUACCGGAGAAGAUAAUUUAUGGAGAAUUCAUUUCGAUCGAUAUAAUCGACAUAAUCGUACAGCCUCGUAGACGAGGGUUCCAGGAAGAAGAUCGUAUUCUCGAUGGGGAUGGAAAUUCGAGAAGAAGAGUAUACAAUAAUAUAUAAUAUAUAAAUUAAGACGAAUGUAAACGAAGCUGUAUGAAGUAGGUUGAUAGAACUGAACGAUGAAAGGAAUAUUCUUCUUCGAGAUCCUUUAUCGAUAUUAUUCGAAUUUAUAGCAAUACUGCAAGAAUUUGUCUUUUCGAAACAGAUAGAAGGUCCAGAGAGAAACGGAGGAAAGUUACAUUGAAGAAAGCCAAAACUGAGAAAAAUCGAUCGAUUUGUUUUCAGGAAGUUUCUCCCUCUUCCCAAGCAAUUCGAACCGUGUCUUCAUACGAACAGAGAUAUCUCGCUUGUACGUUUCGUAUCACUUACGUUUAAGUUAGGCGACUUAGAGACUUAGGGUAGCGCACGAUCGCGCACGACAGACCGUCUGAAAACCAUGCGAGUUUCGAACCCUUUCGGGGCUCGUAAAAGAAAAGAUAAACGCGAAAAACUAACAUCUAAAAAUUCAUCAAAAAAUACAGAAUAAAGGAGAAAAACAAGUUCCAACUCCCAUCGAGUGAUCGCCGUUCGAUCUAACAAAGAACCUUAAUUUAACUCUCGAAAAAGAGAAAGAGAAUUGAUAGGUUCGAUGAAACGAACGCGAUCGAGCUUCGUUGCAUUUUUACGAUGUGGCAAUUUUUUCCAAGAAAAAGGCGAAGGAAUUUAAAAGAGACGACGAUGGACUUGUUGAGAAGCUAAACUGGCUUGUUGAUCGCGUAUAGUUCAAUUUAUCCUAUUAUCCUAGUCGUUAGCGUAGAUCUUCGAAGGCGCAAGCAAAGGAAAGCUGGAAAAUUUCAGCGAAGUAUGUACGUCGGAGUACGGAGAAAAAUGGUUCAGGAAAAUGUAUGACGAGACAUUUGCUCGCGAUUGCCGGUUUCGCGCGAACAUCUCCGCCCGAAUUUCAUUUCAGGCUACGAAUAUCGAACUUGACACGAUUCGAUUUCGUAUCGAAUUCGAUAUUUCAGCUUCUGGUUGGAUUCGAGUGGCGUAGAAUUUUACUUGCCUCGUACAGCAUGCGAACUUUUAGUGUUAGUUGCGCCAAAGUGUAUGUAUAGAUAGGGUGAUUCGUUUUUGAACGAUGAACGAACGAGAAGAGAAAUUGAACAUAAUUGGACACGCUCUUAGGGAAUUGGAUUAGCAUUGUUAGCGAAAUUUUGCAAAUUACGAAUUAUUUGAUUAUCCUAAAUGACGUUAAAUUAUGAAACUGUAAAAGGGUAAAAUAUGAUCUAUAGCAAGCGAUCUAUCGUUAAAUUGUUGCGCAAGAGGGUCCAAGUGAUGGGAUAUUAAAAUUAGUAAAAUAGAGAAACUAAAUCUUUAAUUUAAUAACUUUUUAAAUGAGUUCAACCGAUAACGAAAAUAAAUUCGACGAGAUUUAAUUUAACGAAGUACGAAAAUACCUAAGAAAAUAAAUAUUCAAUCCAGUUCUUCUAUUUAAAUUUCUUCCUUUAUUUAAGAAAUUUACAUUUCAGAUCUUUUACAUACUAUUUUUAUUACUAUUCUAGGAUUCUAAAACUUUUAAAAAUUUCACUAUAAUUUCUAAUAAAAGCGUAAUUAAAUACUCGUCCAAAUUUUCUUCCAACAGUUUAAUAAAUUAUCUCGAUGUUCAAUUGUACUGUGCGCUCUUGUGAGGUGCGUGGAAUCUAUUUGAAACGGAUCACCCUGUAGAUAUAUAACUAUCAGCGUAUGCACUGUAAAAGCUAGCUGUGUUCGUUGCUUUUGAUUUCGAUACACUACAUCGAAUUGAGAUAUCGAGGCCACGUUCUAGUAAGGUAGUCAAUGAAAUAGUAAAAACUCGUGGGAACGUUGGAUCGUACGCUGCGCGAAUUGUUGCUCGUAAAUGACGAAUACCUAUUUAUAUAUGCAUACAUAUGUACGCGAACGCGUAUAUUCCGACACUGUCGGUUAAGAAGUUUCACGUAAAUGGAUUGUAAUUUAUUGAACAUCGCAUCCGGUUUCCUAAGAUUAUUUUCUUCGCUUUGUUUGGCGGUGUUAUGGUAAUCGUUCUUCGUGACUGAUACAUUCUCAUAAUAAUCUGCAUAUUAUAGAGUUACCAAAAGCGAUAUUAUGUGCGCUGAAAUCGAGAACCGCGAAGCUUGAAGAUAUAGAAAUUUGAUAACUUCUGAAUCUACAAGUCGAGAAGAUUUCAUUUCAGAAUUUCACAACUCGAAAGUUUAAAAGAAGAGCGAAGAUUACAAAAUUUGAGAGAUUUGAAAAAUAAAAAGAUCCUAACGUUCUAAGAUUCUAAAGUCUGACAUUCUGUGAAUUUCAAGUUAGAAAUUUUUAAAUUGACGAAAUAGAAAAUAUCAACUACUCUACAUUUCUAUCGAGUUUCUGUCAAUUCGUAGUUCGCGACUAAAUUGAAGACCCUCGAAUUUCGUUAACAAUCGACCAUUCCAAACUUCUGACCAACCAGUGUCGGUAUACGCGCCUAGGCUCAUAAUCGCAAUCGCUUUUCUUAUCGACACGGAUCGAAAUCAAAGGUAAUUCGCAAGGAUAACCGUUGUACCAAGCAUUCGUGAUCGUUCGUUCUGUUGGCACGUUGCAAAACGACGUCCUGCCACGAUGGCGAGGCAUCGAUUGUAAAAAAAAAAGAAAAGAAAAAUAACAGAAGAGAAGAACAAAAAGAGAUGGCGUAACCGUUAUGAAAAAAGCGUGAACGUAUUUGUUGUCGACGAUCGAACGAAAGAGAGAAAGAGAGUGUGUGUGAGAGAAAGAAAGGAAGAAAGUAAAAGAGCACGAGAAUGAGAGAGAUUAGAGAAGCUUAAUGCUAAUUAUAAUAUAUUUGCAGAUUAAAUAGAUUCGGGAUACUAGUUAGUAUCCCGAAACGCCUUCGAAAUUCGGGGAGCAAUACAAUCGAGCCACUUUUACAGUCAACGACUCGAAUUAUUAAUUAUUAUGAUUAUUCUCGCCAUUAUUAUCGUCAUUAUGAAUUAUUAUCACGGUUAUUAUGAUUACUAAUAUUAUUACGACGAGAUUAUUCUAAUUCCUGUUAUCGCAUACACCGAUCAUUGUAGCGCGGCACUCUUAUCGAUGGUCACGAGGAGGAAACAUAACAAAACAAACAAAAAUAAAACAAAAAAAAAAAAAAGAAAGGACGUAAGAAAUCCGAUUAUUAUAGAACGCGAACAAGCAGAUCGAGAUCUAUUAAAAUGCAUUGAUUGCAAAAGUUGCAGUAUAA